UUACCGACCAUUUUAGACGCAGCGCCGCCUGGUUGUCCCGGGCCAGAGGCGCUUCGGUUUUCCCGUCUGGAACAUUAACAACAGCUGGAACAAGGAGAGGCGAAGAUAAAAAGUUUCAGUCUCUGCUUCCCUGGAUUACUUCCUGUGCUGCUUUCUAGCAAGAUGGAUCUUCCUCAGGUGGCAUUCGAAGAGGUUGCUGUGUAUUUCACAGAGCAGGAGUGGGCCUUGCUAAACGUUGGUGAAAAAGUCCUCUACAAGGAUGUCAUGCAGGAGAACUUUGAACAUGUGAUGUCACUGGGCAUCCUCCUUGCUCUGAAAGAAAGCAAAAUCGCGCCUUGUCUACUUUUGGUGACACCCUAUUCCAGCUCUGUGGCUUUUCGCCAGGUCUCGUUUGAGGAGGUGGCCAUGCAUUUCUCAGAGCAAGAGUGGGAAUUGCUGAAUGUGAACGAAAGAGCCCUCUACAAGGAUGUCAUGCAGGAAAACUAUAAGCAUGUAUUGUCCCUGGGCUUCCCAAUGGCUCAGCCUGGCAUGGCCACCCAUAUGGAGCAAAGGGACGGGCUGUGGAGGUCGAACUUUCAGGAAUACUGGAAGAACCAGUCCUUGACAAAACUUAUUCCCGGAGAUAUUUCUCAACCAGGAAGCCCCACCAGCACGACACCAUUGGGAAGAUUGGUGGGUCAUUUACAAGCCACGGACUUCCUAAACUCUGACCUUCCUUACCUCAGAGAGGAAAAAGAGGAGAAGCAGAUUGUGCAGGGAAGCUCUGAUGAACCUGUUCCCUUAAGAAAAAGCACCCAGGCUGCGGAAGGCCCUCCGGCUGACGUGGGAGAAAGAAAAGAUUCUUGCCCCAAAUGUGGGAAAACUUUCUGUCACAAAUCGGCCCUCACCGCUCACCUGAGAAUCCACACUGGAGAAAAGCCGUAUCACUGCCAGGAGUGUGGGAAAAGCUUUAACCAGAGCUCGGCCCUCACUCAACACCAGAGGAUCCACACCGGAGAGAAGCCCUACGCCUGCGUCAGCUGCGGCAAAAAGUUCAGCCAAAGCUCUGCUCUGACCCAACACCAGAGGAUUCAUACCGGGGAGAGGGCGUACGCCUGCCUGGAUUGCGGGAAGAGCUUCAUCUACCAGUCAGCUCUGAUCCGGCAUCGGCGAAUCCACACGGGGGAGAAAUGCUACAUGUGUCCUGAUUGCGGGAAAGGUUUCAACCAAAGCUCCAACCUUAUUACGCACCGGAAAAUUCAUAAAGGCGUGGAAGGUAAUGGAACAGCCAAUGGGAAUGACAAAAAAAGUUCCGAGCUUGAAAAUCGGGUGCAGUUAGAACCGCCUAGCAACACUUAUACGACAUUCCAGCAAGCUUGCCCUCAGAGUUCUCCUUUGGAAAAAUGCCUUUUGGACUGGAAAAUUCCCAAGAGAAACCCUUCAGAUCAAGCCCAGGCGGCACCUGUGCCUAGCACGGGAAGUUUGAUAUCUCAGAAGGACGCUGCAAGAAAAGUAGGCAUCCCUAGGGUGAAACGGCCCCUUAUCUGUCAUGUCUGUGGAAAGAACUUCAGAUACAGCUCCCAUCUGGUCAACCACCAGCGGAUCCACACGGGAGAGAAACCUUAUCACUGCACAGACUGUGGGAAAAAUUUCAUUCAGAAUUCAGCGCUCAAAAGGCACCAAAGGAGUCACCGAGGUGAUAGGCCCUAUCGGUGUUCAGACUGUGGGAAAAGCUUUAGUCGGAAUGCCCAUUUGGCGAAACACCAAGGGAUUCACACCGGAUUGAAACCUUACGAGUGCCUGGACUGCGGGAAGAAAUUCAGUGUAAAGAUGAACCUUGUGAUUCACCAGCGAAUUCACACAGGAGAAAAACCGUACAUGUGCUUGGAAUGUGGGAAAAGCUUUAGCCAAAGGGCUCAUUUCAUUAUCCACCGGAGAAUUCACACGGGAGAGAAACCUUACGAAUGUCCCGACUGUGGGAGAAGUUUCAGUUACAAAGCCGAUCUCAUCAAGCACCACCGUGUUCACACGGGGGAGAAACCUUACGUGUGUGGUGAGUGCGGGAAAAGUUUUAGUCAAAGCUCCAAUUUUGUUACUCACCAGAGAAGUCACACGGGGGAGAAACCUUACGUGUGUGGUGAGUGCGGGAAAAGUUUUAGUCAAAGCUCCAAUUUUGUUACUCACCAGAGAAGUCACACGGGGGAGAAACCUUAUGAAUGUCCUGACUGUGGGAAAAGUUUUACUGUGAGCUCGAGCCUUAUUGAGCACCAGCGUGUCCACACAGCUGAAAAACCAUUUUUGUGCCUGGAGUGUGGGAAAAGUUUUAAUCGCAGCUCCCACCUCAGCGUGCACCAGAGGAUUCACACAGGGGAAAGGCCUUUUCAGUGCUCCGAUUGUGGGAAGGGCUUCACCAUUCUCUCCACUCUCAGUAAACACCAGAGAAUCCACACAGGAGAGAAACCUUACAAGUGUCCCAAAUGUGAACGGAGUUUUCGGGUGAGCUCCAUCCUGACCCAACAUAUUAGAACCCACACGGGAGAGAAGCCGUAUGUUUGCUCGAAGUGUGGGAGGAGCUUUAGUCAAAAAUCACCUCUUAUUGCUCACCAGAAACUUCACAGUCGUCAGAAAACCCGGUAGCUGAAGCUGGGUCAAGCACUGGACCAGGCUUUGAAUGACCAUACUACAAAAAAGGAAGGCUGGGAGAGUUGACCAGUUUUGUGGGGUGAAAUUGGCAUCUUAAGCCAACGUAGGCCUUAAGGUUUCCAUUUUGCCUCUUCAUCUCCCGAGCCCCCAAAGCAUUCAGAACAGGGGAAAGUAGAAGGAUUGGCGCCAACUCAUCACAAAAAUGGUGCUCGUGGUCUGGAUGUAGCCCAUGGCUAUACUUUUUGCCUACAAUCCAGUAACCUGCAGGCCAAAGUAAUCCAUAAAGAUGAGAGUGAGAAAGAUUGAAGGCAACAGAAUUGCUCAUCCAACUUCUACUGGGGUCUAACUUUCGGGGGGGGGGGUGCAGAGGAAAGAAAAGAAAUUGUGGUUCUUAAAUUUCCUUGACUUUCUCUUUGAUGAUAGCCUCUUCCUGGACCAAUGGGAGACAAGGAAUGGAUGUUAACUCUGCAGCCAGUGUGCACCUCUCUUGUGAAUGAAAGGUCUACUCCAGACAUGUAAGAGUUAUGGGGACCCCAAAGGUUUUUGAGAGGGUGGAAAGUGUUACCUGACAUUAGAUUUCCUCCUCUGAAGGUCAACACACUUUUCCGCUCUUGGAGGUGAUCAGAAUCACAACUGGGGCCCUGAAAUGUUUUCCCAUUAAACUCCAGAACUUCAAGCUAAGAAAUGGUUGAUUGUGGUAAUAAGAGUUUGGGAAAUGGAAAAUUAUAAUUUGCUUUUCUAUAUGCCCUAUAUAGAAAAAUGUUGCUUGGCAUCCUUUCUUAUUGCUUUAAAACCCAUCUAUGAUCCAGCUGCUGUGUUCUUGACUGAGUCCUUGGAGUGUUAGAAAUCCAAAAUUAUUAUGCCAUGACAACCCAGGAUGAGUAGGAUAGGGAGUAGGAAAAAUAUACUGUACGUAGAUUCUGAUACUAAUAAACAAUUUUUGUAAAAAAAAAAGUCUUCAACUCCAACUCAGAAAUAAAUUAGUGCCUUUAUUGAAUAGCUUGUCCAGCAACAUCUAUCCCUUUCUCCAUGCUCCCCUUCCCUUUGUCUCCUCCUUUCCUAAUUCUCUUCCAUUGCCCAACAAGACGUCCUUGCCAUACUGUGUUGGAUCCUACUCUAAGAUUUUCCAGCUUGGUGCUUUCAGAAGUUUUAGGAUACAACUCCCACCAUCCAAGGUUGGGAAGGCAGAAUGGGAGUCAUAAUACAGUUUAUUUGAAACAGAUUAGGCCAGGAAAUUUUUAAUUUAAAAAAUUUAGAAGUUUUAAUUUUAAAUGGGCUCACAGACCAUUUCUAAAUCAAAGGGUAACAGGAUUUGCCAAUUUAGCGCGUGUGAAUAUAUAUAUAUAUGAACAUAUAUAAGUAUAGGUCCUUUACAAAGUCUUUGGAAAAGCAUUCACAGAGAUGGAACCAGGGGUGAAAUGCUAUCAGAUCGGACCAGAUCAGGCAAGUAGGUAGCAGAGAUUGGGGCUGGUUCGCCAAACCGGGAGGAAUAGCUGGCUGGCCACGCCCCCAAACUGAUCCAUGGCCUGCAGUCCUGCCGUGCUUGCCUGCCUUCCACGCUGCCUUCCCAGUAGUCCCCCAUGCCCUCUUGCCUUCCCCUCUGUCUCGGGUCCCAUUGCCUGCAUCCAGCCCAUGAUGGGGGACGCACUGCUUCUGGGCCAGCCCGCCCACCCGCCCUCCCUUCCGGAGCACUUUUU